AUGCCCCUACUUUCUCAGAAUGUACUCGUUUUCGCUGUUGUCGCUUCUAUUGCUCUGGUUUCUGGUGCUCGUGGUCGAUUGCUGGGAUUAGGAGGAGACGAAGGAGGACUCGGUGGACUUGUCGGAGGACUUCUUGGAGAAAAUGGACUCGGUGGAAUCUUGAAGGGACUUCUCGGAGACAAUGAAAACGCUCUCAGUGGACUUCUGGGUAUUCUCGGGGGAAAUCCAGGUGGUUUGGGAUUGCCAAUUCUUGGAGACAUCACCACACUCCCACAGUUCUUGCUUGACUUCCUCCAAAAAGUACCAUCGGAUAUUCUUCCUCAAGUUAUUGAACUUCUCUCCAACACAAGCCUUAAUAUCAAUGAAAUCACUGAUAAGCUGACUGAUUUGUUGUCUGGAAAGAUUGAUGAUAACCUUCUUUCCGAUCUUCUUGCCACCGUUGCCGAUCUUGUUCAUGAACUUCUCGAUGGAAUCGCCAAUGUUCUUACCAGUCUUGGAAAAGUUUUCGAGGACUUGACUGAUAUUCUCCAGAAUAAAGACCAAUCCAUUGCUCAACAGAAGGAUGCUAUUGACAAAUUGAGACAGAAGUCUCCAAUUGAAGUCGACACUAUCUUCUUCAUCGCGUCACAAGUGGUCAAGUCUCUCCAAAACGGGCAGGUUCCAGAAGUUUCCAUUCCAGUUGAUGGAGCUCCAGCUGUCUAA